AUGGAGCCCAACCGCAGCAAGCCCAGCAGGGGCUUAUUCAUUUCCAAGUCCAAGCUCGUCAAAUCCGUCUACCGGGCCGCCAAGCCAUCCAGCCAUCCCUCCGAUCAAAUCUGGCCCAACCAGCCCACCAAGCCCAAGAGCAAUCCCGCUCCAAGCCCACCCGUGGGGUUCUUUAUUAUGAACCAGGACCACGCUCCACAAGUCGCGUUAGUGGCCGUAACAGCGGAGCGGAUAAAACAUGACUCUUACGGGUGGAUGGAGAGCUUUUACAGCGCGUGCCCGGAAGACGAGGCUGUGGACGCAAAAGCAGCCAAGUACAUCUCAAGACUCCACGACAGCUUCAAGCUCGAGCUGGUCGGGUCGGAUAGGAAGUAG